UAGCAUCUCCUCAGAGAUGGAGAAAAGUGUGGAGAAGGAACAACGACAAGGAGUCCCAUCUUUUCUUGUCUCGAACUCAGUGGGUCAUUAUGGGGACAGCCAAGAACAACCACUUCCCACUGAAACUUCCUCUCCUAGGCAAACCCAAGACCCUGAAAAACUAUGCGCAGCCCGAGGUUCUGUGUCACACCUUCGAGACUCUGUCCAGCCUUCACAGACUGCUGCCUAACCAUCUGAUGGAGAAACUUUAUUCCUACAAGAGUGAAGAGGACAAACAAAACUGUCAGAAUUCUGAAUUCUCUGGCUUAGAAAGGAUCUUAGCAAGACACCAGUUCCCAAAAGAGAUUAAUGUGACCCCGAAGCCAAGUAGCAUGCCCCUGUGGAAAAGGAAAUCCAUCAACAACUCAAAUCGCGGGUGGAAGAAAUGCUACUUGUGGAAUAAAAACUUGGAGGUACCUCCAAUGUCUACCAUAGCUGUCAGGUGGUUGAAGAAGAACAUGCAACCCACGGAAGACCUUCAGUCAGUGAUCCAGAGGCUGUUGGUGUUUGGGCCAAUUACGUCCGUCACCCUCUGUGGUCGGCAAAGCGCUAUCGUGGUGUUCAAAGACAUGACUUCAGCUUGCAAUGCUGUGAAUGCUUUUCAAAGCAGGACCCCAGGCACCAUGUUUCAGUGCUCCUGGCAACACAGAUUCAUGUCAAAAGAUCAAGCUUAUUCAAGAAGAUGUACUGAGAAGUCACAGCCUAAGGAGUAUAAGAGGAAAGUGAAAGAAAACGUCAACCGCAGCUAAAGUUCCAUUCUGUAUCAUAGGACCACAGUCCUAGAUAACUUGAAAAGAUGAUGGAUGUGACAGUCAUUUUAAAUUCUGAGGAAGAAUCUGGAGAAUAUUUAAACAGGAUGAUGUAUCUGCCUUCUAAGUACUGAAGAAUGAGAUCCUUAAGUUCAGGUCAGGACCUCCUGACCUCACCCCUGGACAAGACCAGGUGAUCAAUCAGUCCUCUAACAUAUAUGAUGUGACCACAGCCUAUUGAUUUCUGCCUUUCAGCAAAAUCUUCUACCUAUGAAGGUUAGGCAGCCUAGCACCUAGAUUCUCAGUUGUUAUUUUCAUGGGACAAUUAUUAAAAACAAUUAGGUCUGACAAGAUGCCCAAUCCAAUCAAACUGAAACCAGUGGGGGAGGGGGGGAGAUGAAUUCAAGAGAUAAAGAUCUUAAAAUAUGGUCAUGUCUAUCAGAGAAAACACCUUCAGACAAAACUAGGCAUUUCUUCAGUGGUAAAAAACAAAUGUUUCCCAUAAGGUUGUAGAGCAGGAAACUGUACUUCUGCAUAAACAAAAAUUACUCUAAGAAUCGAUAACCCUAAAAGUGGUUAUUAGUUCUACAGUAAAGCUCUAAGAUACAUGCUCAUCACAUCUUUGUUUAUAAUGACAGAAUGGGAGAGAUCCUAGGGUUCAGCAGUCAGGGACUGGUUAUGUCUAAGUGGUAAGCUAAGAAGUGAUUUUUAACUUAGCCCUUCGUGCUUUUCCAGAUCUUUCAAAAUUUUAUCUUCUACUAUGAUAUACGUUAAUACUAUAGUUAGAACAGAAAUUAAAAUCAAUGCAAUUCAGUGGUGAACACAACACUAAACCGUUUAGGUAAGUAACUUGAGCUUUCAUUUACUUAUCUGCAAAGAAGGGAGUGAGGGUAGAUAGUCCUUUUAAACCCCUUCUUAUUAAAAAAUUCUACUAUUCUAAAAUUCUAAACCCCGCAAUUUGUUUACAAGGAAAAAGGUAUCAAAUUAUCCACUUGCAAAACAUGCAAAAAUACUGUCUCCCCCUGAUCCCACCAAUAGCCAGCUUUCAAGAUCUCCUAUUUUAAAUUAAUUGGAAAAUCAAAAGUUGAGGAACUGUUACAUAAUCUGAUUAGAAUAUAGAACCAAAAUAGUUGGAACAGUGUUCACAACAAUACUGGUGUUUAGGAAAACCAAAGUUAGUAAUGAAGGAUAAAUAAAACAAUUCAAAUUAAACUAAGAGUAAUUCUUUGGGAAAAAGCACAAUUUAGUCCAUUCUACUAUAUCAUGUAAUACAUCUACUAACAGCCAACAAUAAAAGAGAAUUCAGAGG